GGGCGCGGGCUCGAGUUUCCGCUAGUGGCGCUGGGUUCUCGGGCGGCGCGCUGCUCCCGCUCCCAUUCCCGCGCCGCAACGCAGCACCUCUGGGCGCCUCAGUCGGAAGGGUGUUUGCAGGGAAAUGCUGGUCACUAGGAUGCUGCGGCAGGUCGUGGGCCAGAUGCUGGGGAGCCCAGCCUGUGGCUGCUGGACAGCUGCCGCGCCGCUCCGGUUUCUGGGCACCUCCCCUCGGCAGAUUCCAGCAGAUGCCAACUUCCACUCUGCCUCCUUCUCUGGAACAGACCAGCCACGUGUCCUAAUUACAGGGGGUCUUGGCCAGCUUGGAGUAGGGCUUGCUAACUUUUUGAGGAAACGAUUUGGGAAGGACAAUGUGAUUUUGUCUGACAUAAGGAAACCCCCCGAUCACAUCUUCCACAGUGGCCCGUUUAUUUAUUCCGACAUUCUGGAUUACAAGAAUCUUCGGGAGAUCGUGGUAAACAAUCGCAUCACCUGGUUGCUUCAUUAUAGCGCUCUGCUCAGUGCGGUCGGGGAAGCAAAUGUGUCCUUGGCCAGGGCCGUCAAUAUCACUGGAUUGCAUAACGUCCUGGAUGUCGCCGCAGAGCACAGUUUGCGAUUGUUUGUGCCUAGCACGAUCGGAGCUUUUGGCCCUACUUCUCCCCGGAAUCCAACUCCCGAUCUCUGUGUGCAGAGGCCCAGGACCAUCUACGGGGUGUCCAAGGUCCACGCCGAGCUCAUGGGAGAAUAUUACCAUUACCGUUACGGGUUAGAUUUCCGAUGCUUGAGAUAUCCUGGAAUUAUUUCAGCAGACUCCCAGCCUGGAGGAGGAACAACAGAUUAUGCAGUCCAGAUCUUCCACGAUGCCCUAAAGAAUGGCAAAUUUGAGUGCAACCUGAAACCCAGCACGAGGCUCCCAAUGAUGUAUAUUGAUGACUGCCUCAGGGCCACUCUGGAAGUCAUGGAGGCCCCGGCAGAGUCCCUCUCCAUGAGGACCUACAAUGUCAAUGCCAUGAGCUUCACCCCUGAGGACCUGGCCCAGGAGGUUCUCAAGCACAUACCAGAAUUCCAGAUCACGUACAACGUGGAUUCUGUUAGACAGGCCAUAGCGGAUAGUUGGCCGAUGAACUUUGAUGACAGCAAUGCUCGGAAGGACUGGGGGUGGAAACACGAAUUUGAUCUUCCAGAGUUGGUGACAACGAUGUUGAACUUCCAUGGUUCUGAUACUAGAGUUGCCCAUGCUAACUGAGGGAAUUGGAAAGGAGAGCUCACGUGUACUGGACCACUGUCCAAGGAAAACCAUAAUGACCCCAAGGAAACUAUAUUAUCUGGAAUAGAAGGACUAAUUGGAUGAGACUUUGGCAGCUCAUAUUGAACUGCCAGAUUGGAAAAUUAAGUUGGCUUUUGCAUUUUCAAAAUGCUAUAGGCUUGGUGGUAGGACUUCUAAACCUUUGCUGUUUGCCUAAACUUGCCCAAACACACAUAUCACAGAACAAAGACUUCAGUCAGAAUAAUUGCCAUUUCCUUAAUUCAGAUGAAUUAAGCAUUUUGGAGAAGGUGGAUGUAUGUGAUGUUUGUCUUGAAUUAAAUUUAAUUUAAAUAUCA